GCUGACCGACCAACAAUACAAUAGGUGGCCACCUGCUAAAAAAACGUUGGAUCAUUUGCUCGGAAGACUUCAACGUGAGACUUGUGUUUUUUCACCCUGUUAAACGCUCGGUUGAGUUUCUUCUGUUUAAAAAUUCGUGGUGGAAUAAAUUAAUUGAGCAGCAAAAUGCAAAUCUUUACGUUUAUUACCGUUUUUGGGGCGGUUUUGUGCGGCCAAAGCAGCGGAGAAGAAGCGAAAACGUUUCCUGGCGCGGAGAUAAUCAUCCCCGCCGUCAUAGGACAAGUUCUGCCGGGACUCAUCAGCGGGAUUGUGGGUGGAAUAGCAGGAGGUAUUGCACCGGCUAUUCCACAGAUUCCGCCGAUAUCGACGUCACAUUCGACCGUGCUGGUUACAUCGGUUGCCGAUAAGCCGGUGGCCGUGAGUUUCCACAGCCACAGCGGGACGAUCUCGACGAGCGCCUCCGGCCCCUCCACCAGUGCGGGCUCCCACGGAUCGGUCAGCAGCUCAUCGUUGGUGAGCGCAUCCAGCCAAGCCGGUUCGAAGCCGGCCAUCUUUGGGCUUUCCAAGCGGUGGCAAAAGUUCAUCAAAAGCAUCGGCUGAGUUGGGGUCUGUAUCCAAGUGAAAAUUGUGACGAAAAUAAAUUUGAUACGUUUUUUUUCUUCGAGAAAUAUUCUUCGGAAAAGAAACUAAUUCUGUUGUGAAAUAAGAAUGAUUUAAUAAAU